AUGUCGUUUGUCGCUCGACACACGCCCCCGCCGCCCCUUUGUCAUGCCGUGCCUCAGGUUUGGAGCUUGGACGUAAACGCCUCCUGCACGAGGCUAGUCACCGGCGCGAGCGACAACCAGCUUCGCGUGUGGGCGCUGGAUUCACAGCAAGGGGAAAAAGACAGCGUGGCGGCGGCUAUGGUGAUAGAUGGCGAGGAAGAGGAGAGCGGCGGGGGCGGCGGGGGCGAUGGGGGCGAGGAGGGCGUUGUUGCGGUGUAUAUGGGAUCCGUCGCUCGGCAAGGGAACGACCGAGCGGCCCGUGUGCGAUUUCACGGCGGAGGCCCGCUGCUGGGAGUUCAAGGGGCGGGGAAGGUCCUGGAGGUGUUUCGUGUCCGGAAUGAGGCACAGGCGAAGAAGAAGAUGAAGAGGCGGUUGAAGCGCGCCAAGGAGAAGGCAUCACUCAAGGCCGCUGCCGCAGCAGCAGCAGCAUCAGCAGAAGGCACGGACGAUGUCGACGGCGCGCGGGGGGAAGGGGGUGCGGCGGCGGCGAGUACGUUGACGGAUGGCAUCGUCGCCGGGGACGAGCUGGAGUCGUCGGUAGUGCUGAGGACGGACCACCGAGUGCGGUCGUUCGAUUUCGCACCGUCGAUGACGGCAAGUAGCAGUAGCGGCGGUAGGCGCGGCGGUAGGGGAAGCGGCGGCGAUGGCGAUGGCGACGGCGACGGCCUCGACUCCACCCGAGUCUUGGUCUCCCUCCACAACAACUCGAUGGAGGUAUGGGGGCUCGAGGGCUGCUGCCGCGCCGGCGCCGGCAAGGCUUCCAAGAAAGUAAAGGGUGUAGGCGAAGAGGACGGGGGGGGUGACGCAGCAGCAGCAGCAGCAGCAGCAGCGUCGAGAAUGAUGGUGCUGGACCUGCAGGGCCACCGGAGCGACGUCCGCGCGGUGGCGGUGAGCUCAGACGGCGCGAUGGUCGCAUCCGUCUCGCACGGCCUGGCCAAGGCCUGGAGCGCGAGGACGAGGCAGUGCGUGCGCUCGGCGCCCUGCGGCUUCGGCCUCACGGUGGCCUUCGCGCCGGGGGACCGCCACCUGCUGGUCGGCACGAAGGAGGGAAACCUCCAGAUCGUCGACCUUGGGUCAGGGGAGAUGAUCCAGGACUACGCCGCCCACGAGAAGGCGAUCUGGUCGAUAGACCUCAGGCCGGACGGGAAGGGCCUGGUGUCCGGCAGCGCUGAUCGUCAGGUGAAGUUUUGGGACUUCGAGGUUGCCAAUGGCAAUCUAGGCCUGGUCCACACGCGCUCGCUCAAGGUCACGGAUGACGUCCUCUGCGUCCGGUACUCGAGGCACAAGCAGCAGUCCAAGCUACUCCUAGCAGUGGCUCUCCUGGAUAGCACGGUCAAGGUCUUCCACGACGACUCCCUCAAGUUCUUCCUGUCCCUCUACGGGCACAAGCUGCCGGUCAUGUCCAUGGACAUCUCCGACGACGGAGCUCUGCUAGCGACGGGCUCGGCGGACAAGACCGUCAAGAUCUGGGGCUUGGACUUCGGCGACUGUCACCGCAGCCUUCUUGCCCACGACGACAGCAUCAUGAGCGUCCGGUUUGUCCGCGGCACGCACUACCUGUUCACCUGUUCCAAGGACAAGACCGUCAAGCACUGGGACGCGGAUCACUUCGAGAAGAUCCUCACCCUCAAGGGUCACCAGUCCGAGGCGUGGACGCUAGAGGUGUCCCCGGACGGGUCGUUCGUGCUCUCCGGUGGGCACGACCGGUCCCUCCGGCUGUGGCGCCGCACGGAAGAGAUGGUCUUCCUGGAGGAGGAGCGCGAGAAGGAGAUGGAGGGACUCUUCGAGAGCGAGCUCGACCGGGACGAUGUCGCCGCGCCGGGAGCCGACGGCCUCGCGCUGCCUGCCCCGCAACGGAAGCCAGAAGGCGCCGAAGAGGGAGGUGACGGCGAUGGCGGCGCACAGCAGGCGGAGUCCGGGCCGGCCACCAAGCGGUCCCUGGAGUCGGUGAAGGCGGGCGAGAGGCUCAUGGACGCCCUGGAGCUCGCGGAGCUGGAGCUGAAGCUCGUGCGCGAAGAGGAGAGGGCGGCGGCCAAGGCCAGACGACGAGGGGAGCCGGCGCCGCCCGCGCGGCGGCCGAACCCGAUUCUUCUCAACCUUUCUCCCGUGCGAUACGUCCUCAGAACCCUCCAGAUGAUCAAGACGCCGGAGCUAGAGCAGGCUCUGCUGGUGCUACCAUUUUCGCAGGUGGAGAGCCUGGCGAACUUCCUAGUAAGGCUGCUCGCAGCUGGGCUGGAGAUCGAGCUGUGCGCACGCUGCGCGGUGUUUCUUCUGAGAGUACACCAGGCGAGGAUUGUGUCGACGGGCAGCAUGGUGGUCGUCCUCGAUGCCCUCCGGAACAACCUUCGGCGCCAGCUCGAGGCGUCGAGAGACGUUGUGGGGAGGAACAUGGCGGGGCUUCGCAUCCUGGGGAGGCUGGCGGAAGAGGACAAGAACUCCUAUCUCAUGGAAAGCGAGGAAGACCGCCUGGCAAAAAGAAUGCGGCAGGCGUAAGCUUUGUAAUGUUUUUUCUGUAAGAGAAGAAAACAGGUUGAUUGUGCGGUGGUCGACCGGUCGCUUUUAUGCCAAGGAACUCAGGAAAUACAAAACGUCUUUUAUUGGGUGUGUGCGUGUGUGUUUUUAUUGUGAGCAUCGACCGGACUAACCAGCUGACCAAUGAAAAGACGUCAAUCUCAGCGCGGUUGAAAAUAGCGUUUUUUUUUUUGCACGGCUGUGCAGUUUUGUUGGUUAACAAGAGACUGAGUGGUUUGACCGAGAAUUCUUGACUGGCAUACAGGGAAGUUCACCAUAUUUAGCAAUUCCCGUAAGUAGUGUCACUUCGUGUGCAGGGGUCGUUCGACGGUGGUAACGGUGCAGUGCGUACCGCUAGAGAGGUGGGAACGAAGUUUCUGGGGUUGUUUAGAUGCUGCUGCCUGAAGCAAGGUUUGGUGGCGGCGUUUUUGAUUGGAAGGCACCGGCGAGGGACGAACUCGAGACCGUUCGCGCAACAAAAGGCAGCAGUGGCUUCCGUUCGACGGAGCCGUCAUGGGGUAGGCAACGUUGGCUUGACCUCCUGAUGAAAAGCCGUGAGUAGGGUGUGCACCACCUUCCAGACAAAUUUGAUCUGCUGUUAUAUGUGCGUUGGAAGGAAACAAACAUAAAAUCAGGCGGAAGGUGCUCUCUGCCUGAUGGGCUCGUCUUGAAGGAUUGAUUGCAAGGCGAAUCGUGCCUAGUCUACAGAGAGGCAAUCGUCCUCCACAGACGACGUUGGGGAGAUCGUUCCACCCGUUAUUUUGGAACGGUUUGGGGAAGAUUUGUACAUCCACCCGCAUAGAACGGGAUCUCUGAGCCGCUUGGGCUAUGCAUAUGUCCGCGAGAGAGAUUGGGUUCUCUUGUAACGCCAAUCACAUCAAUUCACCCGCAGUGGACGUUGGGGAUUGGGGAGAGAGAGGUGGUACCCUGCACGAACGGGAGAUAUCUCCACAAACAAGAUCAAGUGCGUCCGUUACUGGUGCUAGUGGCCCCACAGCUUUGUUGCCGGGUCUCUUAAAAGGCCAAGUGCGAGUUGCGCUCGUAUUCGCGCACAAUUUUUCAAAAAUGCGUUGCGAGAGCCAACUAUAUAUGGUAAAACUCCACGGGAAUGUUUAGUAUAGGAUGUACUAUUAGUACUGACCCGAGUAUUGAGUAAGUAUCUGGCUCUUUUCGCCCAGUAGAGUAAUACUCACACUUUAGUACAGCUUUUCAUACUCUACUAAGAAUACUGUGGCGUUUAGUACAGCUCUUCGUACUAACUAAACCUUUUGUAAGUACGGCUCUUCAAUACUCUACUAAACAUUUUUUGAGUAUAGUACGGCUUUUCCUCUACUCAUACUCACAUUUUAGUAUGGCUCUUCAUACUCUACUCAACAUACUCAUGCGGUUUAGUACAUGCUUUUCAUACUCUACUAAACAUACUCUUUGGGUUUAGUAUGGCUUCCUAUACUGUACUAUACUUUCACUUUAGUAUAGCUUCUCAUACUCUACUAAACAUACUGUUGCGUUUAGUAUGGCUGCCCAUACUCUACUCAGGCCAUAGUACAGCUCGCCAUACUCAACUCAGAGUACNAGUGGUGAGUGGUAAGAACGGAGAGGGAGGAAGCGACGGAGCAUCGAGGGGGGGGGAGGUGUAAUAUGUUGAUGUUGAUGUUGAUGUUCAUCAUGCAAUCAAAUCAACGCUCGUACGGAGUAGUGGUUUUUCUGUCAGUAUUGUCAGUACAUGUACUGUACUAAGCGUUUAGUAUGGCUCUCCAUACUGUACUCAAUGUGGCGUUCAGUAUGGCUCUCCAUACUGUACUCAACGUACUGUGGCGUUUAGUACAGCUCUUCAUACUGUACUAAACGUACUGUGGCGUUUAGUACAGCUUUUCGUACUCUACUAAGAAUACUGUGGCGUUUAGUACAGCUCUUCGUACUAUACUAAAAUUUUUGUAAGUACGGCUCUUCAAUACUACUAAACAUUUUUUUGAGUAUAGUACGGCUUUUCAUACUCUACUCAUCAUACUCACAUUUUAGUAUGGCUCUUCAUACUCUACUCAACGUACUCUUGCGGUUUAGUACGGCUUUUCAUACUCUACUAAACAUACUCUUUGAGUUCAGUACCUGACCUCUGUACUCUACUCAGGUGAGUAGAGUAUUCACCUCUCUCAUACUCUACUCUACUCAGCCGUUAGUACAGGUUCUCCAUACUCUACUAAACAUACUAUACUAUACUAAACAUUCCCGUGNGACCUCUGUACUCUACUCAGGUUCUCCAUACUCUACUAAACAUACUCUUUGAGUUCAGUACCUGACCUCUGUACUCUACUCAGGUUCUCCAUACUCUACUAAACAUACUAUACUAUACUAAACAUUCCCGUGUAAAACUCGCCCGAUCUAUCAACUCUUUAUGUCGCCCCGGUGGUCUUGGCAUCCUCGUAAUCCGCUAGUUGUAUGUAUAAUGGCCACACUACUGAAUGAACCAAACAGCAGGGUUGUUCCCUGUUUUCUGCAACAAACCGCACAACAAACGUCAAGAAAAAAAUUCAAGCCAAAGCCAUGCCACACAUUCAAUUCCAACAGGAACAAAAAUAAUACGCACAGACACUACUUGUUGUUGUUGUGACUUCCUUCCUCCGGAGAAUUCACCUGAAAAUACAUGCAGUACCAAACGAAACAGAAAAAUAACAGCAACAAAUAAGGAAAGCGCCUCGAAUACGAUACAUCGGACUCAUAUUCAAGACACCACAAACACACACCACGGGCAAAAAAAACAGCGUACUCGCGUAAUACUCCCGUACUACUACUCUCCGCGCCCUCUAUUAUUGUACCCAUGGUACAUGAUUGAGAAGGGCAGCUGCGGCAAUGCGAUCGCUGAAGCUCGACUCCUGCCUCUCUGGUCCAUACUACUACACACACGCACGCAGAAUAGAAUAUGCUUGCUCCAUGAAGGCAGAGGAUGGCUGAAUCAGUGAUGUGCGGUGUGUCCUGUGUUCCUGUGGUCUUGUGGUCUUCGGUCUUCGUACUUUGCGUCUUUUCCCUCCUCUCUUCUUGUACAAAGAAAGGUCAAGUAGUUUGAAUCAACAGUCAUCAAGGUUGGUUUCAACAACGAAUGUGGAAUGUUUUAAUCAACACCGACCGAAUCUCCAAUCUCCAGAUCUACAGUUUGUUGUCUGAUCUGUGAACUUGAAACUCUAGAGUUAAAAGACCAAGAGGCUUUGAAGGGGAUAAAAAAGCUCUGUUUUGGUUACAAUGAGCUGUCUGAGCGUCUGAGCCACCCCUUACCCCCAUCUCACUCGUGCAUAAUCACCGCUACGCACGACAACCCCUGUUAUGCACACUUUCAUGCAUAAAAAAUGUAUAUAUGCGCGCGCCAACUUAUGCUUUUGCUUAUGCACGAAAAGCCCAGUCAUGCAUAAACAUCAGCAUGCAUAACAGGUCAGGGCC